AUGGGAUGCUGUUGUUGUAAACAAAAGAAAGAGGAGGAUGAUCAGUUGGAUGAUAUAGAGCUGGAGCCAAAUCGAAUGGCAAAACAACAAGUGCAUAGAAUCGAUAGACACAAUGAAACUUGGAACCUUUACAAUGGAGGAACCAAUGCCAAAAAGUUACAACUGGUUGAUUUGUACAAUGAUGACCCAAAUGACCCGCGAACUCUAACAGACUAUGGAAUAUUGUUGUCCUGCGAAGGUCGAGACAAGGAGGCCCUCGAGUGUCUAAUGAAGGCCGUUCAACUUAAUCCAGAGUGCUCCCGUAGCUGGAUUGCCUACGCAGAGUUCUACGAACAGCGCAACGACAUGAAGAGGGCAAUGGAGGUGUACAAGGAGGGCUACAAACAUGCUUCACCAAAGAUUGCUCUGGACAUUGAUGACUCUGACCUCAUUCUUCACCUGGCCAUUAUGUCACAAAAGAACAAAGAGUAUGAGCGAGCCGAGAAGAUGUUCAAGAAAGUGAUCACAUCAGGUCCUACAAAUGUUCGUGGUCUGGGCAUGUAUGGACGCUUUAUCAUACAGGUACACAAGAAUUGGGACAGUGCAAACGAGUAUCUCAAACAGGCUGCCGACAUUGAUCCUCCAAAUACAUACUGGUGCAACUUCUAUGGACAGUUCCUAAAAAAGUGGAACAAGAAAGAAGAAGCUAAUCAAUACUUCAAAAGGGCUGCCCUUGCUGUUGACACAGUAGUUCCAAUAGAGGACCCUAGAAUUAUUAUAAACUAG